CAAGUUUUAUGCGAAAGUCUGAUGUAGUGUCAGAAGCAAACGUUACACAAUGGCUUCCAGGGGACAAUCAGAAACUACUAAAUUAAGACAAAAUUUAGAAGAACAGUUGGACAGAUUAGUAGCCCAACUCUCUGACCUUGAAGAAUGCAGAGAAGACUUAGAUGAUGAUGAAUAUGAAGAGACGAAAACCGAGACUUUGGAUCAGUUAAAAGAACUUAGAGAUACUCUUGAUAAAAUGACAUGUGGGAAUAUGACGUUAGUUGAUGAACUCAAUUCUAUGCAAUUAGCAAUCCAGGCAGCUAUUAGCCAAGCUUUCAAAACUCCAGAAGUUAUCAGAUUAUUUGCAAAGAAACAACCAGGACAGCUGAGACAAAGAUUGUCAGAGAUUGAAAGAGAUACAAAAGUUGGAAAAAUUACGCAGGAUGUUUGUACGCAACAAAAAGUAGAAAUUCUAACAGCAUUGAAAAAACUUGGAGACAAGCUCACACCAACUGAAGAAGCUUUCUUGACUAGCAAUUCUAACAAGGCUUUGAAUGAUUUUGAAAAAGUAACUGGGGAAUCAGCUGCUGGGGAUAAACGUAUUUUGGCCAUGGCUGGAUCACAAGUACAGGAAGCCAACAAGUAA